CAGUCACAAGGAAGUUCAUGAUUCUUUCCUUCUCUAGCUGAACUUUAAUUUGAACUUUCAGCUGGAAGAAGAAAACCUGAAUCUUCACUCAGGUGUUGACUGUCAGUGUGGCUUUUCCCUGGAGAACUAAGUUUUCAAACAUCAGAGUCAUCUUUAGCCAGCCAUUAUGAAAUGGGAGAAACUGAAGCCUCCAGAGCCUGAUGAUCCUAUGUGCUGCUGUGAGUGUGAUAUCGACCCAUGCACAUGUUGCUGUGAUUGUGAAGAUCUGGAUGAGGCCUUUAACAGGUGGCUGAAGGACAUACCAUCUAAAAGUAGAUCUCAGUCUCCUGUACUCUCAGCCAUGAUUGACAAGCUGGAGAUCUCUAUGAUCCCGGCCCUGGUGCUUCUCCCUCUACUGCUGCGUUUGGCAGCGCUGCAUUACCUGCUGGGUAUCGUCACCUUAACUGCUCUGCCUGGCCUGGUGCUGUGGUACUACUACGCCACACACCGCAAGAGGAGACGCACCCUCUUCUUCCUCACUCUUGCACUCUACUCUCUCUUCUACAUGUAUUACCUCUUCAUCACAGAGAUUGUACCUCGUGGGGACGUCAGCCAGCUGCAGCUGUGGACUGCAACCUCUGGAAUGAUUCUCACCAUCGUCUUUCUUAUUCAUACCAAGAGAGGACCAGGAUUUGUGACAGCUUCCCUACAUGAAGCACACAGUAGAGGUCAGGAAGCCAAUAAAGACUCCACGCACCUAAAUGGAUCUAUUCAAUCAGCAGACUCUUCCUCAGGGAAUGCAGCAGAGCUGCAGGAAACUAAAGAGGCACUGAAAGCAAAAUGGAGUAGGUGUCCUGUGUGCAAAAUAAUGCGCCCCCCACGGGCCGGUCACUGUCGAACCUGUGGAUUAUGUGUCCAGCGUCUGGACCACCACUGCAUCUGGAUAAACAGCUGUGUUGGACAGGCAAACCAUCGCAGCUUCCUGUUGACCCUCUGUGUGUUUUUGCUGACCUCUCUGUAUGGGAUCAGUCUGGUGCUGUGCAGCCUCUGUCCUCGACAGUAUCUCAUGACGGCUCUCCUCUACUGCCCCGGCGUCUACAGUCAGUCCAGCACGGCCCUCUGCUUCACCUGUGCGUGGUACAGCAGCAUCGUCACAGGUGGACUGCUUUACUUGUUGGUGGUUCAGGUUCUGAACAUCAGCGUCAAUGUGACGGAGCGGGAGGCCAUGCUAGCUCUGAGGAACAAAACGGGCCAGAGCCACCUGUGGGGACUCGUUGUUGUCACAGGGGAGUAUUCUCGUGGAUUCUGUCAGAACUGGAUCGAGUUCCUCACCAUGACAGAUGCCUCAGUUUCUCUUCGCUCCAGCCUCACUGACUUGGUCUAG